GACCGGACCACAUGGCUUUUCCGCUUGCAUCCCAGCUUCUGGAUGAUGUACUGCUGAGUGCCGGCCAUGGGGUCUUCGGGUCUGGCUCGACUGCAGGGGCUCUUCGCGGUCUAUAAACCUCCCGGGCUGAAAUGGCUGCACGUGCGGGAGACCGUGGAGCUGCAACUGCUAAAAGGUCUCAAUGCAGCAAAGCCUCCGGCUCCUGAGCAGCGUGUUCGCUUCUUGCUAGGCCCCGUGGAAGGCAGUGAAGAGAAGAAGUUGACUCUCACAGCCACGAGUGUGCCCACCCUCACCACCCACAGACUCGUACGUGGCCCAGCGUUUACCAGCUUGAAGAUUGGUGUUGGACAUCGUUUGGAUUCCCAGGCUUCUGGUGUGCUGGUGCUCGCCGUGGGACAUGGAUGCAGACUCCUCACCAACAUGUAUGAUGCUCACCUCACCAAGGCUUACACAGUGCGCGGCCACCUAGGCAAGGCUACAGACAACUUCUGUGAAGAUGGGCGGCUGAUAGAGAAGACCACAUACGACCAUGUGACCAGAGAACACGUGGACCGGAUCCUGGCUGUAAUCCAAGGCUCCCACCAGAAGGCCCUGGUGAUGUACUCCAACCUGGACCUGAAGUCCCAGGAGGCCUAUGAGAUGGCUGUGCAAGGUGUGAUCCGGCCCAUGAACAAGACCCCAAUGCUCAUCUCUGGCAUCCGCUGCCUGCACUUUGCACCUCCUGAGUUCCUUUUAGAGGUGCAAUGUAUGCAUGAGACACAGCAGCAGCUGAGGAAGCUGGUGCAUGAAAUCGGCCUGGAGCUGAAGACCACCGCUGUCUGCGUGCAAGUGCGGCGCACUCGGGAUGGCUUCUUCACGCUGGACGAUGCCCUCCUGAGAACCCAGUGGGACCUACACAGCAUCCAGGAUGCCAUCCAGGCUGCAUCCCCCCGGGUGGCAGCAGAGCUGAAAAAGAACUUGAGACUAAGGCUGGGCCACUGGUAGCUCCCCAGUGCUGGGCAGCCUUGGGGCUUCGAGGACCCAGACUCCGCUUUGGAGGUGGAAAGCUAUGCAGGGCAGGGAAUGCCCAGAUGUAGGUGGGCAAAGACAAAGGCUCUUUACAGGACAGAGCUGAUGACUGUGCAGAGAGUGGCAUUAAGGGCCUGAGCAGUGCCCACGCCUGCCAUGCUAGAGAAACACAAAAGGGGAAAGGAGAUCCUUCUACUUGAGACAGACUGGCUGCAGAGACAGUCUGGCUGUGGUGGCCGCGCCAUCAUCUUGGCUCUUUGGGAAGCUCAGACUAGAAUCUUGACAGUUCAAGGCCAGCCUAGGGUUACGCAGAGAAACCCUGUCUCAAAAAUCAAAUCCGAGUCAGGCAUGAUGACUCAGACCAGGAGUUUAAGGCCACUCUGUGCUGCUUCCAGUGUUUAGCUUUUUGGAGAGCUGGGCAGUGUCACCUCAACACCUAAUGCCUGCUGGUGAUUUAUUCAGAUUCCUAUGACUGAUGAUUGGGUUGUGUUAUCCCCUAGGGGAAAAUCUUCACUGUUUCAGGGUGGUGUCUCACACCUGUGAUCUCAGUACUACUCAGCCUUUGACACCAGCCUGGACCACUCUUUCUGGAGUCCUUUGUAGUGCAUGUCAGUAUUUAAUCCUGCAGUUGGCUCAGGAAUUCAAGGUCAUCUUUGGUUACAUAAUGAGUUCUAGGCUACAUGAAACCCAUCUCCAAAAUAAAAGGUCCAAAAUUACUUUGAAAAGGUUUGCUUUUAUUUUUUUUAUUUUUAGUUUAGUUUAGUUUAGUUUAGUUUUUUCGAGACAGGGUUUCUCUGUGGUUUUGGAGCCUGUUCUGGAACUAGCUCUUGUAGACCAGGCUGGUCUCGAACUCUGCCUGCCUCUGCCUCCCGCGUGCUGGGAUUAAAGGCGUGUACCACCACCGCCCGGCAAGGUUUGCUUUUAUGCAUGCAAGUGUUUGCGUGUGUGUUGUCUGUACCCUGUGACUCAUGGAGGCUAGAAAAGGACGGGAAAGCCCUGGAGUUGGAGCUACAAGCCAUUGUGAGCCACCACAGGGAUACAGGGAAUGGACAACUGAUCCUCCGGAAGAGCAGCCAAUGCUCUCCCUGGUCCCCAGAGUUUAGUUUCCUGCCGUAUGUAACUAACCACUGCUCUGGCUGGUGGCAGGUACAGACUGAUAAUUGUUCGCAUCUACAGUGAAAAAGGCAGAGGAGUGUGGUGCCAUCCUCAGCACGGUGCUGACAGAAGGGUGCCGCAGAGAAGAUGUGAAGGGAUUUUAGUUAUUUUUGUUUAUUUUUUAUUUAUUUAUUUUUAUUUAUUUAUUUUUUGGUUUAUUGAGAAAAGGUUUCUCUGUGUAACCUUGCUGUCCUGGAACUCACUCUAUAGACCAGGCUGGCCUCAAACUCACAGAGAUCCUCCUGCCUCUGCCUCCCGAGUGCUGGGAUUAAAGGUGUGCGCCACCACUGCUCAGCUUGAAGGAAUUUUAGAA